UUGCUGCAAAAUGGCUACUUGGUAGUUUCCCCUGACAGUUUCGUAAUGUUUUUUUCCCUUUUCAAUCAUAACAUUAUAUUGUACAACCGUGAUUUUCCGAUACCAUUAUACUAUUAGUUACGAUGUAGUUUUCGCCUAGUGUCUGUGUGAAGUGAACCUUUAUUCCUCGUCAAGAAUGUAGCGAAGCGGCGGUUUUGUUGUUCUAACCCUGAUCUAUCUUCUGUCAUUAAUGGUUUACUUUAUCUAGUUUUCAUUCAAGUUGAAUUACUCUAAGGGAAUAACUGUGAAAAGUAUGAAUGAAAUCGAGUUCCAGGCGCACGAACUCGUGCGUCGUAAGGAAUGGAGUCAAGCUCUUUACUUGUUUGAUGAACUUCUGGGACAUGCAGUUUCUAAAGGGCUGUCCAAAGAAAAAGUUGUUUCCUUCUUGCUUGGUCGAUCAGAAUGUUGUUUAGAACUUGGACGACAUGAAGCUGUUGUUCUGGACUGCCGUCGAGUCAUCAAACUGUUGCAAGGUGCUGAAAAUAACAAUAGCAAUCUUGGUGCAAGAGCCCGAAGACGUCUUGUUCAUGCCCUUUUCUCACUCAGAAGGUUUGGUGAAGCUGAAGCUGCUGCCACCGAAUGGAUAGCAUCAAGCGAUAACUCUGCUCAGACUAAUACUGAAGCCUUAAAAAUGCUGGAGCGAGUAAGACUGGUAUUACAGAUGGCCAAUGGUCAAAAGAAUACUUAUAAUAGGAGCUAUGCAAAUCCUCAUCAACGAGUGGAGGAUGAUAUCCUUGCCCUAGAUUAUAAACUAGAAUCAUGGAUAGGAACAGGAGUAACAGGAUCUGUUAGGAAUCAGAAACAUCCAGUUGAACUAAUUGGUGAUCCAGCUAAAACAGAACCCUUCAUCCACCAUGAACAACAUGGUCCAGAAUUCUCGUAUGCGAGUAACCAUCUAGAUUUGUUAGACAUGUCAUUCGUGGAGAAUGGUCAGCAGUCUCUCAUUCCUUUGAACCAAGUGGUCAGUAUGCCUCUAGCCAAUGGAUACUUGGAGCCAGAAAAGAAAGUGAACAAACCCAGUGAUAAACUCGUUUAUUCCUGUACUUACUGUUGUUUAAAUUUCAGUGAUAGAUCAGAACUUCAAGCUCACUGUGGUUCAGAAAGCCAUCAAACUGUUAUAAUGUCUGAUGAAGGAAGGGACUGGAAGUGGAGACCCCCGCCUCGAGGCUACACUGGUGACAAUUAUAGUCUCUGUGAAGCUUUUAUGGAUGGUGGUGAAAACGCCUGCCGAUAUGGUGCUCAGUGUGUAGAAGCGCAUGGUGUUGAAGAGUUAGCGGAAUGGAAGCAUCGCUUUGAGUAUAGAAGAAUGCGCCUAGAGCGAGCUGCUGAAAAAGAACUCUAUGGAAAGUCCUAUACAGAGCAACUAUUAGAAAAAUGGCUUUCCACUACGAGCCCAGAAAAAGUACUGAAGGAGCAUAUUGAAGAAGUAGAGGAUAGUUGUGUCGAAGAACUAGAAACAACGGUUGCAUCCAAAACUAGUAGUUAUGAAUGGAACUUCAUUCUGAAGUCGAAGAAAUCUUUAAGAGCUGUGGCUCUUCUUCAAGAUGCACAUAGAAAUCAUUUUUCCCUAAGGCGGAUUUCAACUUCUGACCCUUCUCAUAAAACUAAGUUUGACUGUGAACCAAACAACAAUCAAGAAUGGCUCUCCCCAAUCCCAAUAUCCAACAGUGAAGGAUUUCAUGAAGAGCAAGCAACGUUAGAAUACUCCGUCAAAGUUUCGUUUUCCACUGAUAUCUACGGAACCUUUAGGCAGUCUGUAGUUUUCGAUUUUGGAUCUGAUCCUGUUCUAGUGAAGCAUGUAUGUGUUGACGUUGUCCCUAUUGAUGAUGUUGAUAAAUUAAAAGAAAUUAAGAAGGAAUUGACUUUAUCAUCGUCUGAAAGGUGGGAAAAAGAGAAUUCGGAGGUGAUUCCAUUCAGUUCUACCAUUGUACCAUCAGCAUCAGAGGAUGAUACCAGUCGGGAACAGGAAUUAAUGGCUUUGUAUCCGACGCCUCAUAGUAAUUCAUUCCAGCUCACCCAGUCAACAAUUUCAGAAAAGAAACUUACGAGGAAUAACUACAGACCAAGGAUGCAUGAACUCCUUUACGUUGAAGAAAUGGCCAGAUACGAACAGAUUGCCCAUUAUAAUCUAUCUACGAGACUCAAGCUAGUGAAUUGCUAUCUUUUAUCUCCUAGUGGAGUUUCAGCUAGCACAGCGAAGUAUGCCCAUAAUGAUGAACUAUUUGCUUUAAUGAAACUUGGGAAAGAUGUUUCUGAAGAUACAUCCGCCGGUAGACUAAUCUUAAACAAUUGUGCAACUGUAUUAUUAGCUCCUAGUAAAAAAGCUGUCAAGAAAUCUUCCAAAGAAAAUGAUGAAAGCAAAGAAAAACGUAUAGUUUACGAAGCUCUAAUUGAAGAUAAAGGGAAAAAUACAAUUUAUCUUAGGUUAUCUGCUAACACUGUCAAAACAUUAAAGUUGAAGAGGGACACAGAAGUAUUAUUCGAUGUUCAAUUUCAACUCAAUAGGAUUCCGUACUGUGAAUGGCAUCAGGCUGUGGAUAAAAUCACCGAUUUUAAACUAAUAUUUCCAGAUACUUACACUGAGCCAAGUAUCCCUUGGACACCAACGAAACAGUGGAGUGAUACAAUUGAUUCAAAGCUAAACCCUAAGCAGAAAGAAGCUAUUGUUGCGAUUACCACUCCAAUAGAAGUAUCCUUACCACCGAUUCUAAUCAUAGGUCCAUUUGGAACUGGAAAGACGUAUACAUUAGCGCAGGCAAUUAAAGAAGUUCUUCUCCAGUCAGAUACAAGGAUAUUAGUGUGUACUCAUUCAAAUAGCGCAGCUGAUCUUUACAUUAAGGAUUAUUUACAUCCGUACGUCCAAGCCGGUCAUACAGAAGCUAGACCUCUCAGAGUUUACUACCAUAAAAGAUGGAUGGCAACCGUGAAUCAAGUCGUUCAAGAGUACUGUUUGUCAGAAGUUGUGAAUGGUGUGCGGAAGUUCAAGUUUCCGACUGUGGAAGAUAUUUUAAAGCAUCGUGUUGUAGUUGUAACUUUGAAUAUCUCAAUGUUUUUAUCAACAUUAGGCUUGAAAAAAGGUUUUUUCACUCACAUUUUGCUUGAUGAAGCAGCGCAAGCAAUGGAGUGUGAGGCGAUCAUGCCACUAGCGUUAGCAAAUGAUAAAACUAGGAUAGUGUUAGCUGGUGACCAUAUGCAAUUGAGUGCUGAAAUAUAUUCCCAGUUUGCAAAAGAACGACUUCUGCAUAUUUCACUGCUAGAAAGACUGUACGAUCACUAUCCAACUACAUUUCCUUGUAAAAUUUUACUCUGUGAAAAUUAUAGGGCUCAUGAGGCAAUUAUUCAGUUUACAUCAGAGUUGUUUUAUGACCAGAAACUAAUUAGCAGUGGGAAACAACCAAGGCAUGAUACUUAUUAUCCGCUGACUUUCUUUACAACCAGAGGAGAAGACGUUCAAGAUAAUAAUUCAACAGCUUUUUACAAUAACGCUGAAGUUUACGAACUAGUUGAAAGGGUGAGCGAGCUUAAGAAAAAAUGGCCUUCAUCUUGGGGUAAGCAAGAUGAACAUUCAAUCGGCAUUAUGACACCCUAUGCAGAUCAAGUAUUCAGAAUUCGGUCGGAACUGAGGAAACGACGUUUGGGAGGAAUAUCUGUGGAACGAGUCCUGAAUGUUCAAGGUAAACAAUUUCGAGCGGUAUUUUUAAGUACGGUUAGAACACGGCGGACUUGUGACUCCAAUCAAGGCAGUGAAGAUGUCGAAUAUGGAUUUCUAUCAAAUUCGAAGCUCCUCAACACAGCCAUCACACGGGCUCAAAGUCUAGUUGCUGUUGUUGGUGAUCCUGUAGCCCUUUGCUCCAUUGGUCGUUGCAGGAAAGUCUGGGAGCGAUUCUUAGAAAUUUGUAAUUUGAACAAGAGUUUACUCGGAAUCACAUGGUCACUACUUCGAAGUCAGCUUGAUGGAGUAGAACUGAAAAAGACUUAUGUGUUGAAUCCCUUGGCACCGGAAUUUGUGCCAAGAAUCCUGCCUGUAGAGCCGUAUAUUCGAAUUCCAAACAAUUUAGUCGGAAAUUUCAAUAAAAUGUGGAACCCCUUCGGGGUUCAAGUUCCCCCGCCGCCCCCUGCGAUCAUGCAGAGUGUUCACCCUCUUUAUCCUCUACCAUUAUUCUACCCUUGUCCUCAACAACCCAACGGCUUUUACGCUAUUAGACCGCCACCUGUAUUACCCUCCUCUUCAAAUCCAUUGGUAAGUCCUUGGACGAUGCAUGUUCCACCUCCUCCUCCUCCUCCGCCUUUACCCCCUGCAUCUAUUUUGUCUCCUUCUAAUGGUGUUUAUCCAGCAGCAUCUAACUGGAUUAAAAAGAAGGACCUUUCACCUACCCUUAACGAUAAUAGUAUUAGACCUCCCCCUGGACUACUUCAUCCUGCUGCAUCUCAGAAUCCUGUUUAUCAGCCAGUUCCCAGACAGUCAUCAGCCAACUUAGAGCCCUCAGUUCCUCUUUCUAAUAGUUUGACUGUACCGCCGGCAACUUUAAUUAGACCACGAAAUAUAGUAGCAUCAAAUAACUUGCUUCAGACAGUUCCAAAUCAGCAUCCAAUGCAGAUUCAACAACUCAAAGCGGUUAGAAACGAUUUCCUUGCGUCACCUCAACAGUUAGACAGAAUUGAGGAUCUUCAAUUCAUUCAGAAUAUGAAUUUCCCGGAAAAACAUGAACCAACAGAAAAAAUCUCUCUUUUACCCCCAAAUGUUAGCUUGAAUGAAUUAUUAGACUCUCCACAACAACAAGUAGAAUGGUAUAAUCAUCUUUGUGAUGUGGCAGGCAUUGAAAUAGCUAAUAAGUACGUAGAAUUAAUAACAGCGGAAAUGAAAAAACAUAGGCAUUUAGCUGUCACCACUAAUCAAGAAAAUAGGAUUCAACAACGACCUCAGUCCACCGAGAUAUUCUCCUCGCAAUCCGUAAUAGAUCCAAUGUUGGCUCGACCCCAGACCUGGUAUGCUGGCGAAAAAACUGUUAUGCAAGAUAUGAAACCGCCUCCAACUCAGAAUAUUCUGGAGACAGAAUUUUUCAAUCAACCUAUUCUGAAACCACCAACUGCUCUGUCGGAGGGAGUGGAUCAGUUCGAAAAGUUAAGUAUAUCCUCGGACAGGACAUCUAUACCUUUGUACCAAAGACAGUCUCAACAGCAACAACAUCAACAGCAGCAGCAACAACAACAACAACAGCAGCAACAACAACAUCAGCAGCAGCAACAACAACAACAGCAGCAGCAUCAGUUACAGCAGCAGCAGCAACAUCAGUUACAGCAACGGCAGCAAAUUCAGCAACAGCAGUUACAGCAACAACACCAGCUUCUGCUUCAGCAGCAGCAGCAAGUUAGAGUAAUAGUGCCCGAUGGUCUGGAUAGGUCAAAUCUUCUAAUCAAGACCGGAACUGUUCUUAAUGGUUUUAGCUCUCCGCUAAGUUCAAACGCAUCAUUUAGUCCUGCAAACUCAUCCUCCUUUAAUCUAGUUCCAAAUAAUGCAUCGUUGAUAGGUUUGAGCAACAUUAGCAACCCUAAUUUCUCAGCACCGAUUAACAACAACUCUGUUUAUAAUCUAGACGCUAAACCUCCUCUGAAUCUCCCUAUGUCAAGUGGCAACACAACACCCUAUAAUCUCACUGCAACAUCCUCUUUUAACUUACCUAGUGGCUCUGUUCAAGCACUCAGCAUUUCUACAAGUAAUCAUGUUGGUGCACAUCACCUACCUAUGAGCGAUGGUAUAAAUACAUCCUCUUUCAAUAUCCCUGUAAAUAUUAGCAUUAACUCGUCAGCAUAUAACAUGCAUACACUGAAUAACUCCGUUUAUAGUAUGCAGUCUUCUAGUAGUUCAUCAUAUAGUAAUCUACCAGCAACAAAUAACGUUUCUACUUAUUGUGUUGUAUCAAAUAGUAGCACAAACCCCACAGCUUUUAGUGCUCCGACAAAAAGCGGGCCCAGUAUAGGAGGGUCGAAUGAUUAUAUGUUCAUGAAUGGGUUUUCAAACUAUUCUAGUAAUCAAAUGUAUGUAUCAUCAAAUAACGAUGUAAAUAGUAGCGCGGAAAACUCAAAUUCUGUUAGUGUGAAUGGAUUUUCAAGUGCAAAACCAAACGCACCUUCACAGAAUGCAUCAAAUGUUAACCAGUGGAGUAAUCAAGAUCUAAGUGAUGAUGCUCAAAAGCAAACCACUUACGCGAGUGUUUUAAGACAGCAGCAACACCAGCAACAGCAGAAAACCACUAGCAACCAAGAUUCUGUAAAUAAGUCACCAACUAAAGUUGUUGGUCCUUUUGCAGUUUUAAGAGAUCUAGGACAAAAGAAUACCCACAGUGGGUUAUAUCAUUAUUUCUCAUAAAUUGUUUGCAUGUGCUCGUAAAUUUUAUUCCAGUUUGUAAUUUUCUGAUCGCAGUCUUUUAAAGUGUUUUAUAAUCUUGUGUUGAUGUCCUUGCUAUUCUAUCUCAAUCUUUUUUAUCGUGUAGAAAAAUUAAAUGUUAUAAAGUAACAUCCUA